CUGAAAAAAAAUCCUUCAGAAUUUUGAACUAUGGCUACUUUCCAUGUACAGCAGUUGCCAUACGUAUAUCCCAGUGGAAUAUACAAGGAUAACGGGCAUGUGAGUCACAGCAGUCUACCAAACGAUCAUAGUAAUGUACCCAACAGAGCACCAAAGUGCGCAAGGUGUCGAAAUCAUGGUGAAAUCAAUGUUUUGAAAGGUCAUAAACGAUUUUGCAAAUGGAAGAAUUGCGAAUGUGUUAAAUGUAACUUAAUUGCAGAAAGACAAAGAGUUAUGGCUGCUCAAGUGGCACUACGUCGACAACAAGCUCAAGAAUCGAAUCUAAUCAAUGCAAAACGUAAUUUACAAGCAGAGUACACUGACGUUGUGCAAGAACCCAAGCGAAUCAAGAUUGAAAGAGAUUUUUUUACGCCGACAUUUGAUAAGACUUGUAUGGAUUCGCAUUUGGAUAAGAACAGUGCUUGCAUGGAAAAGACCAAUAAUUGCAAAACUACAAAUAACAGUGAUACAACUUCAGGAUGUUUCUCAUUAUCUCCGACCAGUGAUGCCUCGACUACUCCAGAUUACUCGAGCACAAUUAAUGAUAAAUUUGGCCACGUUUUGCCAGUUCAUUCUACUCCGGUGAGGAAUUUUCCCAAACUUGGCCAAAGAGAUAAUUUGGAAAUAGAACGAGACAACUCAUCCUACAUUGAACCCUCUGAAAAUUCAAUAAGGAGAACGUUCCAGGCAUUGGUUCGAACAUUUCCAACAAUUCUUCCAAGUACGAUUCUUAAAACAUUGAACGAAUGUGAUGAUGAUGUUAUGAAAACAAUGGAAGAGUUAUUGAAGAAAAGAUCUGCAUACUCAAUAGAGUCACUGGUUACAGAAAAUGCAAAUUCUAAUGUAUUUUCUCGCCUACCAAAGCAGUUUUGUUACCCGCAAUUGCUGGGCUAUAAUUCAACAGUUUUACCAAAGGCGUUCAACCCAUCGAGUAUUUUCCAGACAGACUUGCUGAAAAGAUAUCAAUAUGUUCCUUCAUAUAUCAACCCCUUUUCAAGUGUUCAAAAAAAUUGAAGAGAUUAUAGAAGGUUAUAUGGGCGUGGUAUCUACUUUUCCACACACAACCCUUAUCUGAUGGACAUUACAUACCAGUGAAUAUUGUCUUUUCCACGAAUUCAAAGGACAUACUUAAACGAAAUAAGGAUGCUAUAGGAAAUAAAAGACUCACAUAUAAAACACUUUAAAAGUUCAUAUAUAUUUCCCGAUUAUUUAUUUUUACCUACAGUACUUUUUUAUUAUUUUUUUUUGUGCAUUAAUCAUAUAUUUUAUUUGAGCAAAAUAUAUUAAAACACCAACAUGA